AUGUCAUCGCAGGGCAAGUUCAAGAAGGACAAGGAGAUCAUCGCCGACUACGAGGCGCAAGUCAAAGAAAUCCGAACUCAGCUGGUCGAGCAGUUCAAAUGUCUGGAGCAGCAGUCGGAGUCGCGCCUGCAACUGCUGCAGGACCUGCAGGAGUUCUUCCGCAGGAAGGCUGAGAUCGAGCUGGAGUACUCCAGGAGCCUGGAGAAACUGGCUGAACGAUUCUCCUCCAAGAUACGCAGCUCCAGAGAGCACCAGUUCAAGAAAGAUCAGCACCUGCUUUCCCCUGUGAACUGCUGGUACCUGGUUCUGACGCAGACCCGGCGAGAGAGCAGAGAUCAUGCCACCCUGAAUGACAUCUUCAUGAACAAUGUCAUCGUCCGGCUGUCGCAGAUCAGUGAGGAUGUCAUCAGGCUCUUUAAAAAGAGUAAGGAGAUUGGCCUGCAGAUGCAUGAAGAACUCCUGAAAGUCACCAACGAGCUUUACACGGUGAUGAAGACCUACCACAUGUAUCAUGCAGAAAGCAUCAGCGCCGAGAGCAAGCUGAAGGAGGCAGAGAAGCAGGAGGAAAAGCAGUUCAACAAGUCAGGGGACAUCAGCGUGAACCUGCUGCGGCACGAGGACAGGCCUCAGCGGCGGAGCUCCGUCAAGAAGAUUGAGAAGAUGAAGGAGAAGAGACAAGCCAAAUAUUCUGAAAACAAGCUGAAGUGUACUAAAGCCAGGAACGACUACCUGCUGAACCUGGCAGCCACCAACGCAGCUGUCAGUAAAUACUACAUCCACGACGUCUCUGACCUCAUCGAUUGCUGUGACCUGGGAUUCCACGCCAGCCUCGCUCGGACGUUCAGGACAUACCUGUCUGCCGAGUACAACCUGGAAACCUCCCGCCAUGAGGGCCUGGACAUCAUCGAGAAUGCUGUGGACAACCUGGAUGCACGGAGCGACAAGCACACCAUCAUGGACAUGUGCAACCAGGUCUUCUGCCCUCCGCUGAAGUUUGAGUUCCAGCCUCACAUGGGGGAUGAGGUGUGUCAGGUCAGCGCCCAGCAGCCUGUGCAGACCGAGUUGCUGAUGCGGUACCACCAGCUGCAGUCGCGACUAGCCACCCUCAAGAUAGAGAAUGAAGAGGUACGAAAAACUCUGGAUGCCACAAUGCAGACUUUGCAGGACAUGCUGACGGUGGAAGAUUUUGAUGUUUCAGACGCCUUCCAGCAUAGUCGCUCCACUGAGUCAGUCAAGUCAGCUGCAUCAGAGACCUACAUGAGUAAAAUAAACAUCGCCAAGAGGAGAGCCAACCAGCAGGAAACUGAAAUGUUCUACUUUACAAAAUUUAAAGAGUAUUUGAAUGGCAGUAACCUUAUCACGAAGCUGCAGGCUAAACACGACUUGCUGAAGCAGACUCUUGGAGAAGGUGAAAGAGCUGAAUGUGGAACAACCAGGCCCCCAUGUCUUCCCCCUAAGCCACAGAAAAUGAGGAGACCUAGGCCUCUCUCAGUCUAUAAUCAUAAACUCUUUAACGGCAAUAUGGAAACGUUCAUUAAGGAUUCAGGACAGGCUAUUCCGCUUGUAGUAGAAAGCUGCAUUCGUUACAUCAAUUUGUAUGGCCUUCAGCAGCAGGGCAUUUUCAGAGUUCCUGGCUCCCAGGUGGAAGUCAAUGACAUCAAGAAUUCGUUUGAGAGAGGUGAAGAUCCUCUUGCUGAUGAUCAAAAUGAACGUGACAUUAAUUCAGUGGCUGGAGUCUUGAAGCUGUAUUUCCGAGGACUGGAAAACCCCCUCUUUCCUAAGGAAAGGUUUCAAGAUUUGAUAUCUACUAUAAAAAUCGAGAACCCCACCGAGAGAGUGCACCAGAUCCAGCAAAUCAUCAUCACUCUGCCCCGGGCUGUCAUCGUUGUCAUGAGAUAUCUUUUUGCUUUCCUUAAUCACUUGUCGCAGUACAGCGAUGAGAACAUGAUGGAUCCCUACAACCUGGCCAUCUGCUUUGGACCAACUCUGAUGCACAUUCCAGAUGGGCAGGAUCCGGUGUCCUGCCAAGCCCAUGUCAAUGAGGUCAUCAAAACCAUCAUCAUCAACCACGAGGGCAUCUUCCCCAGCCACAGAGAGCUGGAAGGACCUGUCUACGAGAAGUGCAUGACUGGAGGGGAGGAGUACUGUGACAGCCCGCACAGCGAGCCAGGCACCAUCGAUGAGGUUGACCAUGACAACGGCACGGAGCCACACACCAGUGAUGACGAAGUGGAGCAGAUUGAAGCCAUAGCAAAGUUUGACUACAUUGGACGAUCUCCACGAGAGCUCUCCUUUAAGAAAGGGGCCUCGCUCCUCCUGUACCAUCGGGCAUCAGAAGACUGGUGGGAAGGGAGACAUAACGGUGUGGAUGGCCUCAUACCCCACCAGUACAUUGUGGUGCAAGACAUGGACGAUGCGUUCUCCGACAGCCUGAGCCAGAAGGCGGACAGUGAGGCAAGCAGCGGACCGCUGCUGGACGAUAAAGCCUCCUCCAAGAACGACAUCCAGUCUCCAACGGAUCAUAUUGUGGACUAUGGCUUUGGGGGAGUAAUGGGCCGAGUGAGAUUGAGGUCUGACGGUGCAGCUAUCCCUCGCCGUCGAAGCGGGGGGGACACCCACAGCCCGCCCCGAGGGAUGGGUCCUGGCAUAGACACUCCUCCUCGAGCAGCGGCCUGCCCUAGCAGCCCCCACAAAAUACCUCUUAACAGGGGCAGGAUUGAGAGUCCUGAAAAGCGCAGAAUGGCGACAUUCGGCAGUGCAGGCAGCAUCAAUUUCCCAGACAGGAAGGCCUUGUCUGAUGGCCACCCGCUGAGAUCAACCUGUGGAUCGACUAGACACAGUAGUCUCGGAGAUCAGAAAUCUCUAGAAGCAGAAGCACUUGCUGAGGACAUCGAGAAGACCAUGAGCACGGCGCUGAACGAGCUGCGGGAGCUGGAGAGGCAGAACACAGCCAAGCAGGCCCCUGACGUGGUCCUGGACACGCUGGAGCCCAUGAAGAACCCCCCGAUGGGCGCCGCCAACUCGGAGCCCGCCAGUCCCCUCCACACCAUCCUGAUCCGGGACCCCGAUGCUGCCAUGCGGCGCAGCAGCAGCUCCACCACGGAGAUGAUGACCACCUUCAAGCCGGCCCUCUCAGCCCGCCUGGCCGGGGCUCAGCUGCGGCCCCCACCCAUGCGGCCGGUGCGGCCGGUGGUGCAGCACCGCUCCAGCAGCAGCAGCAGCUCGGGGGUGGGCAGCCCCGCCGUCACCCCCACCGAGAAGCUCUUCCCCAGCAGCUCGGCGGAUAAAUCGGGCACCAUGUAGGCUG